AUGUUUCGAGACUGUGUUCAUGGUGAGAAGUCCUAUGACGAAAGAUCCUUGGCGGCCUAUGAAUUUAAAAUAUUCUUGCUAAGAUAUUGCUCUAGAAAAAAGUUUGAGAAACAUCGUUUUACACCUUGCUACACUAAUUGUGGGGUGCCACAAAUGGCGCCUUUAAACUUUGUGAACAUUGAGAUUCUUAAUGAUUACGCUUUACUGAAGACCUUCACCCUAGGCAAAGCUUUACAAAGCUUAAAAGUGCCUUUUUAA